GUUACUGAAUUAAAACCUGAAUGGUUGGUGGAAAUAGCUCCUCACUAUUAUCAGUUGAAGGAUGUGGAGGAUUGUACGCUUUCUCUCUCUCUCUCUCUCUCUCCCCAAAAUGACAUCUUCUGUUGCUUCAGUUGUGUGAAAACCAUUCUUUUUCAAAUUAACUCAGUUUGAAUUUAACUUUACUUUGAAGUUUGUGGUUUUAAGAAAAGCUGGGAUAUCUUCCUUGAAUAUUGCAAAGGAUUUAAUUUUUUGAAACUGUAGUGAUGUUCAAAGCUCUAUAUGUUCUUAAAUGAAGUCGUUAAAUGUUUUUUUGAAAAAAAGUUCUGUCACAAAGUUUCACAAAAAUUUUAUUAUUUGCGAGAUGUGAUUUGCAGCUUUUAAGUUUGAAUUUUAAAUGGUAGCAACUGUGCAUAAGAAGAGGGAAAG